CGCCGAUUGGGCCGGCGGCCGCCGGGGAGCGGGGGCAGCACGUUGGGAUGCGCGCUACUUAAGGUCCAGCUGCGUGAGCCAUUGACGUGUUUGGAGCUGGAGACGGCCUGGGCGCUGGAGAAGCGGCAGCCCGAGGUCGAUCUCCUUUAGCUUCGACGUCCUGAUUUUUCCCAUAAUAGAAGAAACUGAACUAGGUGACUCUUGAUUGAGAAUACCUCCACUUUUCAAGAGCUUUAAGAAGACUACUAGGAUGCCCAUGGUCACACGGAGGCUGAGAGAUCCUGACAUAAAUCCUUGCUUGUCGGAAUCUGAUGCUUCUACCAGAUGUAUGGAUGAAAAUAACUAUGACAGGGAAAGCUGUUCCACUUACUUCUUGAAGUACAAAAACUGCCGGAAAUUCUGGAACUCUAUCAUGAUCCAGAGAAGACAGAAUGGAGUGAAGCCAUCUAUGCCUACAGCAGCAGAAAGAGAUGAAAUCUUGGGAGCAAUGGGAAAGAUGCCAUAUUGAAUGUUUGCAUUAAAAUUGUUUAACUUAGAAGCAGA